UGACUUGCUUUUUUCCACUAAACGGCUUCUCCAAAGCGUGUCGUGUCGUGUCCAUCUUCAGUUUGAAAGACUUUUCCGUGUUUUUCGCUUUUCUCUUCUUCUUCUUCUUUCUUCUCCUUCACGGGGUCCUCUCUCUCUCUCUCUCAAAAAGUCCUCCAUUUCCAAGCUCUGUACACCCCAUUUCAGCAAAGAACUUUCUUCUUUUGGUAACUAUAUUCAUAAAUAUUUUCCUCAGAGCUUAAUGUGUUAAAGUACAUCAUACCUGGAGUACUGAUUUCCGUUAAUUUUCGGAAUAUGAUGAAAAGAGGUUUGUAUGGAUUGAGGGCUAGAGAGCUCGCUAUGGUAACCAUUGUGCUUAUGUGCGCAACUUUUCUUAUAUGGGCAUGGGAGAAAACCCCGCUUCUUACCGCCUUCAUGCCACCGCAAACUCAUUUGCAGUUGACUCCAGAUAUUAUUGUGAGCAAACCUGUAGCUGGCGUGGUAUUUUCAGAAUCACAAAUUAUUGUGGGCAAAGAUGUGUCAUCAUUUCCAGGAAAAUUGACUGAAAAUGAUGAAGAACUGAAUUUGGAUUUAGCAGAUCCAGAGAAUUCUGUGCAAAGCUCUCCUACAAGGCAAGAGAUAAACAGUGAUUUACUAACCACCACUGAUCAGAAUGGGGAAAUCCGCACAAAUGUAUCAGAAGAAGCAAAAGACAAACAGAUCCAGGAAGCAGAAAAAAAGGGUGGCGUAGAAGGCCCUACAAGUCCAACAGAAGUAGAAGGAAAACAUCUUAAAAUGGUAGAUCAACAUUCGAAACAAGUAGGACAAAUUUUGGAUAUGGUAACAAGAACGGGUUCCCCAUCUAGUAGCUCUGUAGUUGGGGGGAAAGAUGAUAGGAAUUUGACAAUACUUAAGGAAAAUCAAGCUUGUAACUUAGCAAAAGGAAAAUGGGUUCCGGACAAUAAUCGACCUUUAUAUUCUGGGUUUGAUUGUAAGCAAUGGCUGUCAGGGAUGUGGGCCUGCCGGUUGACACAGCGAACAGAUUUUGCCUAUGAGAAGCUUCGGUGGCAGCCUAAAUAUUGUCAGAUGGAAGAAUUUGAAGGGUCUAAAUUCUUGAGGAAGAUGCAAGGAAAAACUCUAGCUUUUGUUGGAGAUUCAUUGGGCCGGCAACAGUACCAGUCUUUAAUGUGCAUGAUCACUGGUGGUAAGGAGAGACAUGAUGUCAUAGAUGUUGGAAAUGAAUAUGGAAUAAUCCAAGCUCAUGGUAAUGCUCGUCCAAAUGGCUGGGCAUAUCGGUUCCCAAGCACCAACACCACCAUACUCUACUACUGGUCAGCAAGCCUCUGUGAUGUGGAACCCAUUGAUAAGACAAACCCCACCACUGAUUAUGCCAUGCACCUUGAUCGGCCGCCAGCAUUCUUGCGUCAAUUUCUUCACAAAUUUGAUGUUCUAGUACUCAACACAGGACACCAUUGGAAUCGAGGAAAGCUUAAAGCCAACAAAUGGGUAAUGUAUGUUGGGGGUGUACCAAAUACCAACAAGGAUUUAGCAAUGAUUUGGAAGGCCAAGAAUUUGACAGUUUAUAGCAUUGUGGAUUGGGUGAACUCACAACUGCCAAAAUAUCCAGGGUUGAAAGCCUUCUACAGGACCAUCUCACCUAGGCAUUUUGUUGGUGGGGACUGGAACACAGGUGGGAGUUGUGACAAGACUACCCCUAUGUCAGUGGGAAUAGAAGUAUUACAAGAUAAGUCCAGUGAUGAAAGUGCUGCAGGUGCAGUGAAGGGAACCGGGGUUAAGCUCUUGGACAUAACAGCUCUUUCCCAGCUCAGAGAUGAGGGUCAUAUGUCCCGGUUUAGCCAAAGUGCCAGAUCAGGAGUGCAAGAUUGUCUGCAUUGGUGUCUACCUGGUGUUCCUGAUACAUGGAACGAAAUCCUUUUUGCACAAAUUUAGUCCAUUGUAAUAGGUGGUAAAUGAAGAAUAGUGUGGCUUUAGCAGGUUUUGCUCUGCCUUUCCAUGGCUUGGGUAAAGAUCACCACCCGAAGAUUCUGAACAACAUGCUAUUCCACAAGAUGCAGUGACACGGGAUGAGACUAAGUUCUAUAAUGGAAUUUAUUUGCUGACCAAUCUGUUGACAAAAUUGCAUCCAAAUGGUUAAUAGGUUUGUUCUUUUUAGUCAUGUGGACUAUAUAAGUCCCUGCAGUCCACAUGUUUGUAGAUGCAGCCCCUUCUGUUUGUAGGUUAGUUUUUUUGCCUUUAGAUGGUGCCCUUCACUUCCUAAAUUUGGGUUUGUGGGCAAAACGCCACUAUAGAAAUGUGAGAAGGCCAUUCCUUCAAAUGAAUUUUGGAUUAUCCUCAGAUUAGUUGAUGCUAAAUACUAGUAGUGUGAAAAGAAAUAAAAGGCCAUAGUGGAGCAACGAACAGAUGCAAAAUUGGGCUUGAAAUCAAUAA